AUGCAAAAACGACAAUAUACGCCUCUCCCAACUAUUACUCCUUCACCAAACUCUCCUCAGGGGGUGAGUAGUCCUCAAAUCGAACCUCAAAUCCCUGGCAGACAACGUACGAAAGGAAAGCAGCCGAAUAGAACAACAAAAACUUCUCAAAAGCUUAAGUUGUUCCCUGCAGAACAAGAAGCUGCUCCUCCUGCUGAAACAAAUGAAACUUACAAUCAAAUUGGACAAUUACCUAAAGGUACUGCUCGAAUUGAAGCAGAAAAAUUCAGUAAACAAGAGAGGCUUCUACUUCCUCGAGUAACCGCCUACUGCACUGCCUCAGCUUAUCGGCUAGAUGAGUUAUUCAAGAAUCUCCAAAGCCGAAAAUCAACAAACGGGUCGACGCCUAAACGUUUUGAUGAAUGUAUUUACACUCCGUUUACCUUCAAGACACCUAAACCGCCUGUUGCUGAUCUUUUGGGUCUUGAUGAUUCAUUACUUUCACCUCUUUUACAAGAACAUAUCUCUGAAGUAUUCUUCUUUGAAUACGGCGUCGUAGUGAUAUGGGGUAUGAAAGAAGACGAGGAGAAGGAUUUAUUGCGAGAACUUUUUCCAUUUGAAGACGAAAAAUUGGGUUCCGAAGAUGUUGAAACCGAAGAAUUUCAUUACCACUACGCUGCAUCGUAUCAACCAAGAAUUUAUAAUGAUGUGAUAACUCUUAAAAAUGCCGGCAAUUAUAUGGUCAAACUUACAAUAUCUCAUGCUAUUGCACAAUCCGUAAAAAUGACUUUAUUUGAAGGAUUGAUUGAAGAAACAAUUGAAGCGACUAAACAUAUUCCACAAACUAUGGCUGAGACAGGAAAAGUUCAAAUGUCCAGAACGGCCAUUACCAAGAAAAUCGGACAGUUGUUCAUUAUGAGAAUCAAUGUAAAUUUGGUUAGUAACAUUUUAGAUACUCCAGAAAUAUUUUGGUCAGAGCCCUCAUACGAACCUUUGUAUACAGCCAUAAGGGGUUAUCUUGAGAUUUCGCAACGCGUAGAAUUAUUAAAUCAAAGAGUAGCCGUAAUAAGUGAUCUUUUGGACAUGCUUAAAGAGCACUUGACGAGUUCUCACGGCGAACAACUUGAAUGGAUUGUAAUUGUUCUAAUUGCAAUCACCUCACAGUCUACUCUCCUUCUUCAAAAACAGCUUAAAGAACUGUCAAAGCAUCCCGUAGAAGGGUUUUCGGCGGGACUUGUUGACAAUGAUAACAUUUAUGAGGACUAUCCAUUGAUGCCUCCAAAGCUGAAAUUCAUGUCUGAUAUGUGGCAUCCUAAUGUUUAUCCUGACGGUGAAGUUUGCAUUUCAAUUUUGCAUCCCCCUGGCGAAGAUAAAUAUGGCUACGAGGACGCGGGUGAAAGAUGGAUGCCAGUGCAUACAGUUGAAACUAUUUUGUUGAGUGUUAUCUCGAUGCUUUCAACUCCUAAUGAUGAAUCUCCCGCAAACAUUGAAGCUGCUAAAGAAUGGCGUGAAGAUUAUCCGACAUUCAAGAAAAAGAUCCAACGUAUAGUCCGAAGAUCGGCCGAUAUGUUAUAG